AUGGAGUGUGACGUGCUGAGUGAAACAGAAAACACGGGGCAGACAACAAGGGAACAUGACAUAAUCCCCCCUCAAAAGGACCGGAUUCCAGACGGUCCUAAGAAACAAAAAAAUAGCAAAAAUAAACAAAUGUUCAAGGAGAGAGGGGCUAGAAAAGGGGGAAAACAGACAGACCAAAGCGGGCACAAGGGACACAGAGACAGACCAAGGAGGCACAAGGGGCAAUCAGGCAGUCCAAGAGGCGGAGACCUGGAAGGCUCGGGAGGCUCGGGGGGAGGAGCCCUAGAAGACUCAAGAGACUUGGGAGGCGGAGCCCUGGAAGGCUCGAGAGGAGGAGCCCUGGGAGGCUUGAGAGGAGGAGCCCUGGGAGGCUCGACAGGCGGAGCCCUGGGAGGCUCGAGAGGCGGAGCCCUGGAAGGCUCGGGAGGUGCUGGCUCUUGGACAGUCAUGGCUACUGGCGCUGGCUCUUGGACGGUCAUGCCUACUGGCGCUGGCUCUUGGACGGUCAUGGCUACUGGCGCUGGCUCUUGGACGGUCGAGGUCACGGGCGCUGGCUCAGGGACAGUCGAGGCUACAGGCGCUGGCUCAGGGACGGUCGAGGCUACAGGCACUGGCUCUCUGACAUUUGAGGCUCCUGGCACUGGCUCACUGAUGUUUGAGGCUUCAGGCUCUGGCUGGUUAACCAUGGUAUGCGUGAGCUUGGGUCCGCUGGACACUGAGGGCAGAGCCACUGGGGGUUCUGGGGACAGAGCUGCGGGAGGCGGAGGCUGGAGAGCAGAGGACUUUCCCCUUCUCCUCUUCCUCCGGACGGAUGAGACUGGCGAUGCUGGAACGCUGUGCGUGGUUGGCGUGGCGUCAGGCUCGCUGACCGUGGCUGACGUGGGCUCAGGCUCGCAGACCGGGACAGGCGUGGGCUCUGGCUCGCAGACCGGUGGGGCUGGCGUGACAGGGAGCGCUAAGGACGACUGGAGAGUCACCGCCGUGGAUGGAGAGGUAGGGUCUUCCCCAGCAACGCCCAAGUCGCGGAUGUGGUCCUCCAUCGGUCGGUCCUCUUGCUUUAGGCAGAGCAGCCGGUAG